ACCUACCUAGAAAGCUUUUUUUGACAUCAUAGUGGCGAUAUGGUUUGAAACGCGGGAAUGUUGUCUAUGUAGCCAGCUCACUAGGUUUUGAUCCCGCCCAGGAUUUGAAACAACAUCUAGUAAACAAUCCUCCAGAACUUCAGAUGCCCUGUCUGACAGACUCCAGUCAUCAUGUUGUCUUCUGCUGUAGUAAAAGCCGAUCGUCUCGCAGUUCAAGCUGGUAAAAAGUAUGCGCCAUUUUAUGAAUUUAUCACGCGAACCCUUAAGUCUCAAACAGGCGAUGCAAAUUUGCACAGCGCAACAUCGAUUACGGGAAAAUACAAAACCAUUGAUGAUCUCCCCGGACCCAGUCUGGCCACAACUGCAUACUGGCUCUUCGUCAAGGGAUACGCGGAUAAAAGUCAUUUAAUGCAGGUUGAGCAUAAGCGCCUGUAUGGUCCAAUCUGGCGGUCACGCUUUGGGCCAUUCGAUGUGGUAAAUGUGGCGACAGCUGAACUGAUUGCACAGGUGAGCCGACAGGAGGGCCGGUACCCAGUGCGUACUGAACUGCCUCACUGGAAAGAAUACAGAGACAUGAGAGGACAAGCAUAUGGAAUUCAUGUAGACACAGGCCCCGAGUGGCAUCGCAUCCGCAGUGCUCUGAACCCUAAGAUGCUUAUACUGAAGGAAGUAGCAACAUAUACACCCAUCAUUCACGAGGUUGUGUCUGAUCUCCUACAGCGUGUGGAACUCCUGCGUCUGCGCAGUUCAGACCAGGUCACCGUCAGUGACCUCGCCUCUGAGCUCUACAAAUUUGGCUUUGAGGGAAUCUCCUCAAUCCUGUUCGAAACACGGUUAGGCUGUUUACAGGAGGAAAUUCCCAGGGACACUCUGCGGUUCAUAGCGGCCGUUAAUGACAUGUUGGCACUGUCAGAGACAGUUCUUUUUUUCCCACGCUGGACCCAUCACAUUUUCCCAUUCUGGAAACGAUUUGUCCAGGCUUGGGAUGACUUGUAUGACGUAGCCCGAAUUCUGAUUGAUAGGAAGGUGAAGCAGAUACAUGAUCAGGUUGAGCGUGGAGAGGAGGUGGAGGGCAUGUAUCUCACCUACUUGCUGGCCAGCAAUAAACUCAGUUUAGGAGAGGUGUACAUCAGCCUGACUGAGCUUCUGCUGGGAGGUGUGGAUACGACGUCUAACACAUUAUCCUGGACCUUGUACCACCUUGCUCGUAAUCCAGAAAUGCAGAACCGCCUCUAUAAUGAGAUCGCAUCUGUGUGUCCGAAUAAAGAGCUGCCGACCACAGAACACCUGACAAGGAUGCCCUACUUGAAGGCUGUCAUCAAAGAAACUCUCAGGCUGUAUCCUGUUGUUCCUGGUAAUGGACGCCUGACUGUGGAAUCAGACAUAAUUGUGGAUAACUAUUGGUUCCCUAAGAAGACACAGUUCCAUCUCUGUCAUUACGCUGUUAGCCACGACGAGAGUAAUUUCCCUGAACCGGCACGUUUUGUUCCAGACCGCUGGUUGAGAGACAACCCGUCUCGCUCUCAGCAUCACCCCUACAGUUCAAUCCCGUUUGGGGUUGGUGUUCGGGCAUGUGUGGGGAAGAGGGUCGCAGAGCUGGAGAUGUACUUUGCCCUAAGUAGACUGAUGCAACAUUAUGAGGUCAGAACGGAGAAGGGAGCCCCAUCCAUACAGCCCAAAACCAGAACCCUGCUCAUUCCCUCCAAACCCAUUGAUCUUAAGUUCAUCCCUCGGGUUUGAGAUCAGCGAGCUCCAAGGAAAUUGCUAAUCAACAUCAGUAUUCUUAAUUCAAAUCAAUUUGCCUUAAAUGUCUGAGGGGCCCUACCCACAAACCUGUUUCUGUGAAAUGCUGUGCAGGGGAAUUUAGGGUAGAAGGUAAAAGUGGGCCAGCUUUUAAAAUAAACUGCAACUGAGCUUUAGUAUUAUAAGAUGUAUUUACAGCUGUUUAAAUUGCCUGGGUUGCAUUAUUAAAAAAGCAUUUGCAAAUGGUCUGAAAAGACUUAACAGGGAGCUACAAGCACCAUGUCUCUUGCAGAGUCACUAUUGCUUUUUAACAGUCUGAAGAAAAAGCAGGAGAGAGACAAGAACACAAAGACCAUGUGCUAGUGGCAAUGACUCAAGCAAAAAGAAUGCUCUUUUAGAAUGUUUUCUGAUGGUAUUUUUUAAAAGUAUGCUACAUUUGCUGUUUUUUAUAUUCAUUUAAUAUUCAUAUCAUGGCAUUUGUUCAAACUUUAAUCAAAGGACAUCCUUUUGAAAUCUACUUGGAGCUCAUUUGAAAUAUCAUCUAGAAACAGGAUAAGCUCGAAAUAGCAGUUUAUGUAAAUAAACCUGUUGCCAAACCACAUACAUUUUGAUUUGCAUCUGUUUUUUCUUUCGAAAAAUACACAGACUCAUUUUUACACAACAUGAACAUAAACAGAAAGAAAAUAAAAAAAGAAAAAAUGCAAAAGAAAAAAAAUCAAGCAAUUUGAAUUUCUGAAUGGCUAGCUGCCAAGGUAGUAGUUCUCAAAUAAAAUUCACAAAAAUUGCGUAAACAACAACAAUAAUAAUGACAUAAACAUAAUUACAAAAAAAAAAAAAAAAAAUGUUACCAAA